AUGGGACAGGGCGCGCCAGGGGGGCCCAAGGCGCCGCAGAGCGACAGGGAGGCACGGCAGCUCUUCGAGAAGCUCGACCUCCAGCCGUGGGACUCCCGGGGCCUGAUCCGGGCGGUCCUGCUCAAGCAGUCCGAGCUGGCGAAGAAGUCGGAUCUGCGGAAGGUGCCGGUCAAGGACGGCUUCAACAAGAUACUCGACAAAAAGCGCAAGGACGCAGCACGCGGGAAGCUCGCCAAGGAGAUCUCCAAGCCAGUGUUCGUGGACCUUUGUGUCGACUUGCUCAAGGAUCACAACAUACCUGGGUCAGUCGCAGACCAGGACGUCCGCGGCGCAGGUGAUUUCAGGCGAGAUGUGAGCGCCUGGUGA